CUGCUGGGUUGUUUUGAACCCAGCAGCUGUUGGGUUUCAAAACCCAACAACUCCACUGGGUUCGAAACAACCCAUCAUGCCUAGGAUAAGGCAAUUUGGUUUGAUGAUGACGAUGAAUUUUGUUUGAUGAUGAUUGUUUGAUUUAGAAUGAAUGAAGAAGAUUCAAGAGGAGGAUGCUGAGGAACAAGAUGAGGGCCAUUUACUUGGUUCGAGAACCCAACAGAUCUGUUGGGUUUCAAAACCCAACAGCUCCACUGGGUUCUUUCGAACCCAACAAGCCUCGGAUGAGGCAAUUUGAAAAUUUCCCCUUUCCUCCAUCAAUGCACUGUCGGAGCUCCUCUUUCACUCAUCUUCUCUAGGUUUUCUCCCUCCAAUUUGAGCUUCUUUCUUUCCCUUUAUGUAAUUUCUAGGUGUAUCGAUAUGGGGUAUUUUCUGAUUGUGGAACCUCUUCAUCUUUCUGUUGUAAUUUUCUUGAUCCUGUAAAUCUCUGAUUCGAUUGAGCUUGUGUUUUGCGGAUGGUUGUUUGAAAUCUCAAUUUUUUCCUCAGUUUAGUUUCGGUUUCAGUGAUAUCUGAAAGAAGAGGAAGGAAAUGGAAUUCUGAUUAUUAGGGAAACUGUUUUUAGCAAUUUUUCCUUCUUUGUUUGUUCCUGAUGAUGGGUCUUCAUGAAAUUAGAAUGAAUUGUGUGAAUUGGGUUUUGACCUUAGGAGAGGAAGUUUCUGUAAUUUGUUUGAUUAAAGUGUUUAAACUGAUUGAGCUUCUGCAUUGAUGAAUUUGUGAUGAUUUUUAGCUUGAAUGUGUGUGAAUGAUCAGAUUUUAAGUUCUAACGUUGCUGGUUCUGGUGGUUGGGUUUAGUGAUUAGGGUGUGGUAAUAUGACUAUGAAUGAGAGGAAGACAAUCGACCUUGAACAAGGAUGGGACUUCAUGCAAAAAGGGAUCACAAGACUGAAGAAUAUUCUUGAAGGGCUGCCGGAGCCUCAGUUCAGCUCUGAGGAUUAUAUGAUGCUCUACACGUAUCCAUUUCCGUUUUAUUCUAUUUGUUUAGGAGUUUAAAUAUACUAAUUGAACUUUG